AUCUGUUCCCAUUGGAAACGACAGGCGGUGAUAUAUCCUGGGUUACGACAAUGCCGUUGACGAAUGGAAAGCUGCAUGCGCCAUUACGCAUGAGUUUACACUACUUCCUCGUUUACAAAGCCGUACGACUCCAACUAAAUUACACGUUUCGAUUGUUAAGGAGUGGGUGCAGUGGAAACCACACAUUUUUACCUAUCAGACAGUUGAACAUCUCUCGUAAUAGAAUGGACAGUAAGAAGAACAUUGAAAAUAGGUCGAUUCACUCGGACAACGUCGAGGAAGUUCAUAACGUGCCAAUGGAAGUUAUCAUACGACCAAUCCCUCCUCUACUAGAUGAGUCCAAAGUUCAGAGCCUUAUGGGUACAAUCCAGGAAUCUACAGACAUCAGCAUUGUUCCUCCUAUUGAUAUACUCUGGAUCAAGGGCAGGGAAGGAGGGAAUUACUACUACUCCUUUGGAGGCUGUCACCGGUUUGAGGCAUACAAACGGUUGAAAAUGAACACCAUUCCAGCAAAGAUCUUCAAAUCAAAUGUUGCAGACCUACGCACUUACUUGGGCUCUUCAACGCCAGACCUACAUUGAAGUUGGGGCGGUAGGGUAGGCUAGUGGUUAGAGCGUUGGACUAGUAACCAAAAGAUUGCUUGCCUAGUUAAAUAAAGGUUAAAAAAAGUUGAAUUAACAGAGGAUGGUUUUUGAGUCACAGUCAGUAUGAGGACUGUAGAUGUGGGUAUACUCUACACUGAGUGUACAAAACAUUAGAAACACAUGCUCUUUCCAUGACAGACUGACCAGGUGAAAGUCCACUUCAAUCAGUGCAGAUGAAGAGGAGGAGACAGAUUAAAUAAGUAUUUUUAAGCCUUGAGACAAUUGAGACAUGGGUUGUGUAUGUGUGCCAUUUAGAGCAUGAAUGGGCAUCAUGGUGCACCAUGCCUGGUGCCCCAACUUGAGUGUGUCAAGAACUGCAACGCUGCUGUUUUUUUCACACUCAUCAGUUUCCUGUGUGUAUCAAGAAUGGUCCACCACCCAAAGGACAUCCAGCUAACUUGACAGUUAAUAUGGGCCAACAUCCCUGUGGAAUGCUUUUGACACCUUGUAGAGUCCAUGCCCUGACGAAUUAAAGCUGUUCUGAGUGGAAAAGGGGAGUCAAUAUUAGGGAGGUGUUCCUAAUGUUUUGUACACUCAGUGUAUGCAAAUCAGGGGUUUCAGUCAUAAUUGUGUGUAAGUACUGGCCAGCAGGUGGAGAUGUGACUGUUUUAUAUCAUGCCAUUAUAUGAAUUUACCUCAUGUAUCACCUUUGAUGCCGAAAGCUGGAAUAUUAUAUUUCCACAUACAAAUAGCCCCAAUUAUCUAUCAUAUAUAGAAUAUUUUUUUUUUUUUAAAGAUUAAGAGAUUAACUUAAUUUGAAGUUGUAAACUUGCUUAUGUCCUAUACUGGCUGGUGUUUCUAUCUGCAAUGUAAAUGUGUAAGUUAAAUGAUUAUGAUGCAAUUAAAGACAGUGUAAAAGUCAACAACAAGACUUAAAUAAUUUAUUGAAGUCUGUGGAAGAUUUGAACAAAAACUUGAGUUAACCACACAAAUCUAAAGUCAGAAUAUGGCCCUGCAUCUCCAUUAGUCUGUGAUAUGAGCUCAUGGACAGGAUGAUGGGAAGAGGUCAAGGGUCAGUUUCCAUAAGAACAGAGUGCCUCCAAGCUCCAGACCAGACUUACUGGAAAAAUAGUAAAAUAGUAAAAACAGGGUUAACUCGCUCCACACUACAGGAUGCUAUUUUGAGGCAUGCAUGCCCCCUUCCUCUCUGUGGCUGGCCAUUGGUCUUACCCAGCCAACCAAAGUCUGUAAAAAGGACGCCUUUUGUUAACCUCGUAACCUCCUCUAGGUUGUGUUUGCCAUAGUGGGCGAGGGAUGAUGUGUUUUUUUUAGCUUUCUCAGGGGAUGCGUGGCCGAAGGUGAAUUCAUAAGGAAGGAAACCUUCACAACAAGGCCCCAUUUUCCUCUUGCUCUUUGAUUUCUAAAUAUGUCUUGACAUAUUUCUGUCUAAUGGGGUCAUUUCUGGAUGUUAUUUAUGUCCAUUUAGGGGCAAUAGUUCUGUAUAUCUCCAGAGGCAAAAGUUCAGUAUAGUCUCUUCAAGGACAAAGAAGUGCAUCGCUUUGGUAUGCAGGUUUAUGUACAGUUGAAGUCGGAAGUUUACCUUAGCCAAAUACAUUUAAACUCAGUUUUUCACAAUUCCUGACAUUUAAUCCCAGUAAAAAUGACCUGUUAGGAUCACCACUUUAUUUUAAGAAUGUGAAAUGUCAGAAUAAUAUUAGAGAGAAUUAUUUAUUUCAGCUUUUAUUUCUUUCAUCACAUUCCCAGUGGGUCAGAAGUUUACAUACACUCAAUUAGUAUUUGGUAGCAUUGCCUUUAAAUUGUUUAACUUGGGUCAAACGUUUUGGGUAGCCUUCCACAAGCUUCCCACAAUAAGUUGGAUGAAUUUUGGCCCAUUCCUCCUGACAGAGCUGGUGUAACUGAGUCAGUUUUGUAGGCCUCCUUGCUCGCACACGCUUUUUCAGUUCUGCCCACAAAUUUUCAAUAUGAUUGAGGUCAGGGCUUUGUGAUGACCACUCCAAUACCUUGACUUUGUUGUCCUUAAGCCAUUUUGCCACAACUUUGGAAGUAUGCUUGGGGUCAAUGUCCAUUUGGAAGACCCAUUUGCGACCAAGCUUUAACUUCCUGACUGAUGUCUUGAGAUGUUGCUUCAAUAUAUCCACCUAAUUUUACUUCCUCAUGAUGCCAUCUAUUUUGUGAAGUGCACCAGUCCCUCCUGCAGCAAAGCACCCCCACAACAUGAUGCUGCCACCCCCGUGCUUCACGGUUGGGAUGGUGUUCUUCUGCUUGCGAGCCUCGCCCCUUUUCCUCCAAACAUAACGAUGGUCAUUAUGGCCAAACAGUUCUAUUUUUGUUUCAUCAGACCAGAGAACAUUUCUCCAAAAAGUACCAUCUUUGUACCUAUGUGCAGUUGCAAACCGUAGUCUGGCUUUUUUAUGUUGGUUUUGGAGCAGUGGCUUCUUCCUUGCUGAGCGGCCUUUCAGGUUAUGUCGAUAUAGGACUCGUUUUACUGUGGAUAGAUAUUUUUGUACCUGUUUCCUCCAGCAUCUUCACAAGGUCCUUUGCUGUUGUUCUGGGAUUGAUUUGCACUUUUCCCACCAAAGUACGUUCAUCUCUAGGAGACAGAACGCGUCUCCUUCCUGAGUGGUAUGAUAGCUGCAUGGUCCCAUGGUGUUUAUACUUAUUGUUUGUACAGAUGAACAUGGUACCUUCAGACGUUUGGAAAUUGCUCACAAGUAUGAACCAGACUUGUAAAGGUUUACCAUUUUUUUUCUGAGGUCUUGUCUGAUUUCUUUUGAUUUUCUCAUGAUGUCAAGCAAAGGGGCCCUGAGUUUGAAGGUAGGCUUUGAAAUACAUCCACAGGUACACCUCCAAUUGACUCAAAUGAUGUCAAUUAGCCUAUCAGAAGCUUCUAAAGCCAUGACAUCAUUUUUUGGAAUUGUCCAUGCUGUUUAAAGGCACAGUCAACUUAGUGUAUGUAAACUUCUGACCCACUGGAAUUGUGAUACAGGGAAUUAUAAGUGAAAUAAUCUGUCUGUAAACAAUUGUUGGAAACAUUUCUUAUGUCAUGCACAAAGUAGAUGUCCUAACUGACUUGCCAAAACUAUAGUUUAUUAACAAGACAUUUGUGGAGUGGUUGAAAAACGAGUUUUAAUGACUCCAACCUAAGUGUAUGUAAACUUCUGACUUCAACUGUAAGUUCACAGGUAUUUGUAAAUGUGGUCACAAAGAAAGACCUUGCUUUGAAUGUGCCCUUGCUUGAUAAGUUGUGUCAUUAGAUCACUCAGGGUCACUGACAAAAGGCUCUGAUUAUUAUGGCUCUCGUCUAUACAGUAGGUUCUCAUGUAAAGCCUUUGAUAUAAAGGUAGCCAAACAGAAAAGGAGAGGGUGAUUAAAGAUCAGUCCAUUGCAGAUCACUACACCAAGAUAAGGGUCUCCAUCCAUCCAUAUCUCUAGUCUUUGCAAGCUCAGACCUGCCUCUUCGCCUCCCUCUGCAGCCGUGGAGGAAGUGAAGGGAGACUGGGGGCAGCUUUUGCUGAAUAGACCUAAAGGACUGUAAAUUUCUCCAAAGAAUCGUCGCGUGUGAGACGAUUUCCUGUUGCUCCCUCACUGUCUGGAAGUAACCAUAUCCUCACAGGGUUCUUGACACGCAAAACCCUUGUUCAGAAUUUUUUUUCUUAGCGUCCAUGGCCUUUAGAGAUUGCACCUGUUACUUUAGGGGGUUCAUUCCAUGGGUGCUAGAUGCUUUAUCUUUGAGGUUUUAUACGAUAUGGGGAUCAGGUUGGAAAGUUGAAGGAAGUGUUUAUUUAGAGACAGAGUGUGCCAUUCUUUCUCAUUCUUGCUGUUUCUGCUGUUGCUUCUAAAUGGCCAACCAUACAUUUUGAAUUAGUAACCUCUAGUAAUGCAGUGUGUUCUAUGUUAACUUCUUGAUCACUGGUGGGUCUGCAACAUGAUCCAUUCCAGUUGUGAAAUAAAAAAAGUU